AUGGGAAAUGGGAAGGAGUUUGUUUCUCCACUUGACUUGGCAAAGAGGCUGAGAUCUAAUGUGUAUGAUCCUUCGGAGACGCUUUUGUCUCUGGAAUGCUUAGGAAAGCCGCUCACCAUAGACAGAACCCAAGUAAGGCUAAUAAGGAGGCUUUCAAAGUUUCUUUACUGUCUUUCUGUAGACAAGGAAAUACUUGUUUCUCUGGUGUUCAACCCGGAGGCCAUUGAUACAUUCAUGGACUUCAACAAAAUAACUAUGCAUAGAAUGCAUAACGGAAUUUAUUACUGCGUUGAUGUCCAGCAGUGA